GUGCUGUUCAGAGCCAGUGGAGACUGCGGGUGAGCCCCUGCUCCACGUCUUUGAUUGUAGACCGAACACUGAGCCGGGGGGGUUUGACGUCACGUUAGUUCUCGUCCCUGCUGGUCGGGGUACGAGUAGGGAGCUGGUCUCACCUAACAGAUGUGUCUGGGACACUCCAGCCUAUUUAUUCAAUCACUCACGUAUAGAUACAGAUGAUGGAAGUAUUGAAAGGAUACAGGGUGGACAGAGUGCAAGAGAUGAGGCCUGCUGCACCGGCCGAGGGAUACGUAAAGGAGUUCACCCGCCACUCCAACGACGUGCUGCUGAACCUGAACGAACUCCGGCAUCGCAACAUCCUGACUGACACCACCCUGGUUGUCGGCAACGUGCACCUACGGGCGCACUGUGCAGUGCUCGUGGCCUGCAGUGGGUUCUUCUACUCGCUGUACUCCCGCCGCGUGUUGCUUCAGGGGCGUGGUGGCAGCGGGGAGCAGCUCAUGACAGUGUCUCUCCCCAACACCUUGGACCCAUCCUGCGUCUCUCUGCUGCUCGACUUCAUGUACACCUCCCGCCUCCCCCUGACACCGAGCAUCGUCACCGGGGUCCUUACCGUUGCAACCUACCUGCAGAUGGACCAUGUGGCCGAUACCUGCCGGGAUUUCAUGCAGCUGCACUGCAGGGAGAAUAUGAGUGCAGGACACCCUCAACUGGAGCUGGACUCCAGGGUGUCUGUAGCCUCUGUAGCCCCCAAAGGAGGGGACCUGCCCAAUCCAGGACCCCAGAGAUUACUCCCAGCAAGGGUCCCUGCGGAGGUUGGAGGCUCUCUCAAGCCGGGGGCUUUCCCAACCUACCAGCCCGGGUCAAAGGAGUUAAAAGGAGAGUGUGAAUCGCCCCUCACGGGCACCCCGACUCCAUCUCCAGACAGCCCCGCCCGCUCCAGCUGCCAACCAAACUCUCCAGCAGAAUCCAACACCUGCAACAAAAACCUUGUGAGUGAUAUCAAAGCCACGCCAGAUCCAAAGGCUUGCAAUUGGAAAAAAUACAAGUACAUUGUCCUCAACCCUCUCUGUGCAGCCGCCACGGUGAAAGAAGAGGAGAUGGAGGAACCGCAAAGUCACACAUCACCCGUUGUCGACAGGAUGGGUUCGACACCCAAAGCAACAGAAGCGUGGUCUGGAGAAGUGCCUGGUCAGAUUGAUAGACAGGGGCAGGCCUCCUGCUACGAGGGUUCUGGCCGAGCCCCUCCCCUCGGGCCACCCCCCUCUGUGGAUCACCCAAUUGUGCCUCAAACUCACAAGGAGGGAGCAGCCCCACCUGGCACCAUUUUCCAAAACUUGCCCCCCACUGAUUCCGAGGCUGCCCAACAUUCAAUCAAGCGUGAGAACUACUAUGUGCCCUACUGUUAUUCUGGCAACCUUCAAGGAACCAAGACGGUCAGCUCAGGUGACAAGCCGUACCGCUGUAAUGUGUGCAGCGCCCAGUUCAACCGACCAGCCAACCUGAAGACUCACUCUCGUAUCCACUCGGGAGAGAAGCCGUACCGCUGUGACACCUGUGGCGCAAGAUUUGUUCAGGUUGCCCAUCUCAGGGCCCACGUUCUGAUCCACACAGGGGAGAAACCAUACCCCUGCAACACCUGUGGCACCCGCUUCCGCCACCUGCAGACGCUGAAGAGCCAUCUGCGCAUUCACACUGGAGAGAAGCCUUACACUUGUGAGAAGUGCGACUUACACUUCCGCCACAAGAGUCAGCUGCGUCUUCACCUGCGCCAGAAACAUGGGGCCGUCACCAACACGAAGAUCCGCUACAAGGUCCUGACUGAGCCCUACCCGCCGAUUCUGCAGGCCUGCUGAAGACGUCUGACCUUGUUCAGGUCCAGCAUGUUGAAAAUGAGAAAUUAAUUAAUUAACUUCAGCAAUUUUUUAUUAUGAGGUGGUCAUUUCUGGUGGGUAACUGACCAGCUUGGACAUCAUGGGAAAAGUUAGAAUGGAGUUUGUUUGGAGGAAGAAACAUUUUGUGGGAUGAGGUUUGGAGCUUGGAGAUGAUUAUUAGUAUGAAUCAAUGGGGUUUAUUAGAAAUCCUGGUGGAGACGGUGUUAAGAAAAGUGUUUUUGAAGGUUUGUGAAGGGUUAGAAAGAAGGUGAACGAAACAUGGAAAGAAAGGUGAAAUAUCUUGGGAUGUAUCUAAACUGAAUUAUGAAGAAGUAUGAGUAUGUAAACGGUUUGAACCAAAGAUGGAAAGAUACGUUUUAUGACGGACAGGUGGUGAAUGUUGGAGUCUUUGUAGUAAGUUAAAUCAUAGCAUUUGUGUUAAGACUGAAGAUGUUCUCAUUAAAUGUGUAUUUAUCUUGACCUUGAGGCCUGGGGCCUGCGUGUUGUUAGAAAAGUAUGCAGUGAUAUCUGCUUUUAUAGUCCGAGCAGGCAAAGGACUUAGUCAUCUUGUACUGAGUGUAAAGUAUAGAAAAUGAAAUGAUGUAUUGUUUUUUUGACAUGAACAAUUUCAAAAAGAUGACUGUAAGCAAUUGGAUAAGUAAUAAUAUUAUUACAUUUGUAUGUGUAUGAGUUCAUUUGCUGGACAAAGAUGGUUUUGUACUAAAUUAAAUCAUUUUUUUAUGAAUUGGA